CCAACUCCAUUUUUAUUAUCAAAUAUUGAGAGUAAUGCAGUUUCUCAAUGACAUUCCUAAUUAUGCCUAACAUGGAGUUUGCCUUUUUCACAAGCAGCUUCACACUGGGUUGACAUUUUCAUUGAGCUGUCCAUUAUAACCCCAAGAUAAUUUCUUAGUCAUUCACUGCCAUCUUAGAUCCCAUCAUCUUAUACUUAAAUUGGGAGUUUUAGUUCCAACAUGCAUUACUGUUUACUUGCUUAUACUGAACCACAUUUGUCAUUUUGAUGGCCAUCAUUCACUUGAGGCUUCUCACAAUCACUUCUGAGUUUAACCAUUCCACAUAGCUGACAUUAGCAAACUAGGUCUCUUCACUGCUCACUUCUAAUUCCAGAUCAUUUGUGAAUAAGAAUUGAAAUGUGUUAUUAUUGAAGUGUAACUACUGCUGUGUAACAGGUUCUUUGUACACUCAUUCUUUGCUCCCAUAAUGAUGUUCUGAAGGCUUGUAUAAAUUAGGUGCUCAAUUAUGAAUUUGGUCCAAGUCUGAGUCUUACUACUUAUGGCCUUGAAUCUCUUUUAGGAGAAGUCUUUUUUGAGAUAUUUUGAAUAUAGCAAGUUGACUGAAAUCUUGAUGGAAAAAUGAAUUCAGCACCAGUUUAUCUAAAGAAAGACACUCAAAUAUAUGACAUACAGCUUUUAAAAUAGUGAACAUGAUUUUGAAGUGCUGUCACGCUUCAAGCUCUGAAAAAAAUAAUGACUCUUCAAGUUUGUAGUAGAAGCAACCUGUGCCUCAUACUGAUUGGCUGGGAUGCGUCUUAUGGAGUAACUAAGGACAACCAUCUCCCUCAGUUGCAGAGUAGCUUUGCACUUUAUCUGUUUGUGCGUGCAUGUGUCUUUAAAGCACAAAUGGAUAAGCUGUUAAAAAAUAAAUCUGGCAAUCCAGGUAAAGGGGUCAUACUAUAUCAGUGAAUCAAGCUGGGAGGAUGAGAAAGGAUCAGCUUAUCCUGUGAUUGAGAGAUUGACCUGUUUGUCCUGUGCUGAAUGCAGAAAAGCUUUGCUGCCAGAUGAUAUAUAUAACACUAGAAGAUAAAACUUAAAAGUGCCAAAUCCUAGGAGGAAAACUACAUGACACUGCAUCAUGAGUGAGAGUAAAUGUGACAGUCAAUUUUACAGUGUUCAAGUUGCAGAUUCAACCUUCACUGUCCUAAAACGCUACCAGCAAUUGAAACCUAUUGGCUCAGGUGCUCAAGGAAUUGUUUGUGCUGCAUUUGAUACAGUCCUUGGAAUAAAUGUAGCUGUAAAGAAGUUGAGUCGCCCCUUUCAGAACCAAACGCAUGCAAAACGAGCAUACAGAGAACUUGUGCUCCUAAAGUGUGUCAAUCACAAAAAUAUAAUUAGCUUAUUAAAUGUAUUCACACCACAGAAAUCUCUAGAAGAAUUCCAAGAUGUGUAUUUGGUUAUGGAAUUGAUGGAUGCUAACUUGUGCCAAGUUAUUCAUAUGGAACUGGAUCAUGAAAGGAUGUCUUACCUUCUGUACCAGAUGUUGUGUGGUAUCAAGCAUCUCCAUUCAGCUGGUAUCAUCCACAGAGAUUUAAAACCCAGCAAUAUAGUAGUAAAAUCAGAUUGUACUCUCAAAAUCCUUGACUUUGGACUUGCAAGGACUGCUUGUACUAAUUUCAUGAUGACCCCGUAUGUAGUAACACGGUAUUACAGAGCACCAGAAGUUAUUCUUGGCAUGGGAUAUAAAGAGAAUGUUGAUAUCUGGUCAGUUGGUUGCAUCAUGGGAGAAUUGGUGAAAGGUUGUGUGAUAUUCCAAGGCACUGAUCAUAUUGACCAAUGGAAUAAAGUUAUUGAACAGUUAGGUACACCAUCAGCAGACUUCAUGAAAAAAUUGCAGCCUACUGUGCGGAACUAUGUAGAAAACAGACCAAAAUAUCCAGGUAUCAAAUUUGAAGAGCUCUUUCCAGACUGGAUAUUUCCAUCAGAAUCUGAUCGUGACAAGCUAAAAACCAGUCAAGCUAGAGAUUUGCUCUCCAAAAUGCUAGUAGUAGAUCCAGACAAACGAAUUUCAGUAGAUGAAGCUUUGCGUCAUCCUUAUAUCACAGUCUGGUAUGACCCAGCUGAAGCUGAAGCACCACCACCUCAAAUCUAUGAUGCACAGUUGGAAGAACGAGAACAUGCUAUUGAAGAAUGGAAAGAACUAAUAUAUAAAGAAGUAAUGGAUUGGGAAGAAAGAAAUAAGAAUGGCUUGGUAAAAGAGCAGCCUUCAGAUUUUCUUAUGCUUGGUUUACUUAGCACAGAUGCAGCAGUGAAUAGCAACAUCAGCCCUUCACAGUCAUCAUCGAUCAAUGACAUUUCGUCCAUGUCAACCGAGCAGACAUUGGCUUCAGACACAGAUAGCAGUCUUGAUGCUUUGACAGGAACACUUGAAGGAUGCCGGUGAUCAGUUUUGAAGAUUUAACAUUGGCAAAGAACUUUUGCUUCUGUUGGGCUUGAAUGCUUGUAAGUUUAUGGAACCAAGUAGAAAAACUCCAUGUUCUGCAUGUUCCUUUAAAGUAACAUCUGUAAUUUUACUCAGUUGCAAUAAGACUGUCUGCUUAAUAUUGUAGAAUGAGUGCAACUUUGUAUCUCAAGCCAAAACAAAUAUAGACAUUAUAAACCAUUCUGUUUUGACCUAGAUCAGGUGAGCAGUUAAAAAAGUCCAAGCUCAAAUGAGUUCAUGGGCAUUCUCUCAGAUGUCUGAAACAUAUGCAUAUCCAAUAUAAAUCCCCCCCCCCAAAAAGCAAGAGCAAAAAAGCCAUUUAAGUCUUAUUGAAUGUAUAUCCUUAUUAUCUAUAUGACUACAAACAUGUGCCACAUCAGUGUGGGCUUUUUUUUUUUAAUUCUCAGUACUGUAAAAUAGAAGGAAUUCGUUUCUUGACUCCUUUCUCUCUCCAAGUAAUUUUGUAUACUUGCCUGUAAGAGAAGCAAGCUUGUGUUUGCUUCAUCUUUACAUAUGAAUGUAACGCUGCUUCUCUGAAUGUGCUCUUCCAGUGCUUUUCUUCAAGGGAUUGUUGGAAUAGCUAAAAAUGGUCCUGUGGAAAUUUUUCAUUAAUCUUGCAUGUGUGACUUAGUGAAAGUUUUUGAAAUAAUAUUCCUUGGUCUUUUUGAAACAAUUCAUCAACACUAGUAAAACAUCUCCCUCUUUUCCCCCAUUCUAACAUUGACCUAGAAAUUCUUAGAAAAAAAAUUGGUCAGUGCAAAAGUUUUGGAACUUAGCAUGACAUGUUAAGGGACCUCUAUGCAAUAUAAAUUUCUUCUUAAAUUUACAGCUACUAUAAACUUAAAUUCAUAGAAAGUGCAUGGCGAACUAUUUUAAACAUGGAACAACACAAGAAAGGCUAGCUUAAUAAGCAAUCUAUAUAAUUUGUAAUUAUUUCUCUACUCAUCCUACUUUAGCAAAUUCCGAAUGUAAAUACCAGUCUUGAGCCAGCUUGACCAGGCUAAUUUUUUUCUAGUUCCAGAAGUGGUAAUUUGUCAUAAUUUGAACCAGGGUAAAACCCAUUCAUGAGACAUUUGUAAGGAAGAUAUUUAUUUAAGAGUAUAGAUGAUUUCCUGGCUACCACUGUAUUAGGAAGGUAGUGAGACAAUCCCAGAUUGUACAGUUGAGGUUUACAGUAAUCCCUGAACAAAAUUUGUGGAUUGUGAGGAGGAAGCCAUGUCCUUAGGAAAGUUGGGCAAAGGUUUGUCUCUUCUUCUUACAUCCAAACAUGAAUUGUGUAUACCACCUUCUGUGUCUGGCACCAGCACUUUACUAACAGCACAAUGCUAUGCAUGUUUGCUUGGAAGUAAGUCCCGCUGUGUUUAAUGGUGUUUACUCCUAAGUGAGUGGGUGUAGGGUUGCAGCCUAAGUAGUUUGCAGUGUUAGCCUUCUCCAGCAAUAGCCAUUUCAGCAAAUAGAACUUUUGCAUAGGUCUGGUAUGCUGCUGCAUUUUGUACCUUGUAUUUGAUAAGAUUUGUCCUCUUAGAAUUUAUGCUUGCAUCUUAAAAUGUAGAGAAGGGGCCCUGCUCUUGCAUGAUAUACUCUGCUUGGAUAGAUUUGUCCAAUUCUGAGGAGGAGGUGGAAAGGCAAAGGAUGGGGGCAGGUGGUUUGGCAGUUUCAAGGUUAUCUGGUUAUGAUUCUCAGGCAGAGUGUCUACCUGCCAUAUAAAAGGAGGAGACAUUUCAGAGCUGGGGGAGGAGGUGAUGGAGUUCCUUAACCCAGUUAGGACAUGAUAGGUGAAGUAAGUGACCAGUUAGAAAGUAUCCAACACUCCUGCCCUCUGGGCUUCAAGCAGCAACAGCCACCUGAGGGUGGAGCUAGAAGCUUUACUGAAAAGGGAGGAAAGGAGUGCAGGUUUCAGUUUGGAUUCAGCUCUUUAUAUUGGCAGGUGCUUCUCUUACUUCUCAAAAAGAAUGCUACUUUGAUUUAUGCUGUUGUGUAACCUGUUAGGUUGUAAUAAAACCUAUUGCAAAAUUACUUUUACUUAAAAUGCCAUUUUAAUUAAACCAUCCAUUUUGAAUGCUUUGAAUACAGUCUAAAUUAACUAGUAUACUUAAAACUGAAAAUGGAAAUGUGUACUUGACAAUGUACCAUUCAGCGUGUGCUUUUUAAAGUGUUCCUAUUUAAAUGUAUAUUAAUCAUUGGUGAAGGAAGCACCGUGAUGGCUCCUAAACAGCACUGGAGGAUGUUUUAUACUCCCAGUUCAGAGGUGAUGCUCCAGUACCCUUCCACCUUGCAGCCAAUACAAAAAGGGCCAUGCUGGCUGCCUUUCCAAGGUCAGGAAUGCAGGUGCAGAGAAGGGAAAAAGUUGGUUUGGGCGGAUUGGGGAGACAGCAGAGGUGAAGAUGCAUGCCAUUCUGGGGCCUCUCUAUUCUUCCUCCCCUCUGAAACAUGUUUGUAAAGUGGACACAGAAACCCUUUGAGUGAAAAUGCAAAGUGGAAGGACAGGGUGGUGAUGAUUACCUGAUUACCUUUGUCACUUUUCCCACCUGUAUUGGAUGCUCAUAAUCCUUUGAGUUUGGGGGACUUAAAAGCCUUGACAGUGAAAUCUAAAGGAGUGUGCCUUAAAUUACAAAAGAUUAAAGCAACCAUAAAUAAUGUUAAUAAUAAAGUUUACAGGAUAUAAACCUUUCAAAGUUUACAUUGUACUUUUAGAACUAUCAUGAAAAUAAGUAGUAUAUUCGGACUGUUUUUAUAAAUGUGGGGUAUUCAAGGAUGAUAUUUUUUACACAGAAUAAUAUAUAGUAAUUGGAGUAUAACCUUUUCCUCUGUAUGUGCUGUAUUGAGCAAUGGCAGGGCUUGUGUGCUAGUUUCUCAUACAAAAAGGAAGCCUUCAUCCUAUAGCACCAAUUCAGAAAUUCUACAUACUAGGGCAGGAGGGGAUGGGGAGCAGAAAUACUUAGUAGUGUAGUGUGAAUGCUUGAGCUACUUGAGCCGUUGCAGCAGUCAGAGUUUUGUGCUGUAGCUACUCGCUAUUCAGCUAGUUCAUAUUAUAAUAGUUCAGUUGUCUAGAAUUAACUGUCGUAGGCAUGUUUUCCAGAGACCUGCCCUGAGAAAUUCUCUACCCUUUAGCCUUACUAAUUUUGAAGAAGCAGCCACUCUGGGUUAAGAUAUUCUUGAAUUAUUAGGAAGAAGAAACUACAAUUGCUCAGAGAUGAUGACUUAGCAUAAAUUACAUUUAGAGGACAAUGGACAGCUUGUUUGUAACAAGAAACAGUGAGGAAAGGUUGGGUGUAAUUUCUUUUGAAGAGUUUUUGCUGAAAGUAAAAAGGAAAUGAGUCAAUUGUAGUCUGAAGAGGAACUAUGUAUAUGUGUUUUGAUAAGGAGUUUUCUAGCAGCAGAGGUGAUUAUUGCUCAUGUAUGUCCUAUUUCUUAAUUCUAAGUGUAUGGAGAACAGAGGAGAAUGCAGCUGUUUGGUAGAGGGGGAAAAUGCUACAUUAUGUUUGAAGGUGCACUCUUUUUUCAUUUUUAAGAAUCAUUUGCAGUGUUCUUUGUCUCCUUUAUUUUUCUUAGACUGCAAGUGCUAUGGACACUUAAGUCUACAUUAGUGCCAUUGAGCACAGUAGAAUUUGCUUCUGAGUAAAAUUGUAUAGAAUUGCACAGUGUUUCUCACCUGUAAAAUGGGACCAGUGUCCUUUAAAUAUUAAAAAAAAAUAAAUUUAAAUGAGGGAUUUGUCUGUCACUUGCCUCACUGCUUUUGUCUUAUGAAGCCAAUUUCUUCAAUGUACUUUUAGUUAUGCUUUUUUUCUUUCCCAACUCUUUUAAAAUUUAUUUUAACAAGAUACAAUGAGAAAGGAAAGGGGAUAUAGGAAAGGAAAGUGCCAGGGAUCAAUCUGCAAGUAUAAUAUGUGACAUCAACAUUUAAACUCAUUCAUUAAAAAAAGAGAAAAUCUCAUUGGUUAUAAUCCAAUUAAAACAAUUCUCAUUUAACUCAAUUGUCCAGUCUAUUGCUUUAACUUUAUAGUAAUUACUGACAUUUAUAAAAACUAUAUUUUCUUUAACAAUUAAAUUGCUCAUAAUAAGCUUUUCAUCUUUGGGUGAAUUCUUUGAAUGACCUUCUAUUAAUGUAAUCAGUUAAUUUUGUCAUUAUUGCGUAGACAGCUAACUUGUUUUUCCAAUCCUCAACAGUUGGGCAGUUUUCAGCUUUCCACUUUGAAGCAAUUAUCACUCUUGCUGCUAUUAUGCAUUUAAAUAACUCUGUCAUAAUCUUUGGGAUAGUCUCUACUACAAUACUCAAUGGCAUAUUCUUGACGUUAAUUGGAAAGUCCAUUUUAAAGAUUUCCUGCAUUUCUUUAUGUAUCUGCUUCCAAAAUCUUUUAGUUCUAUCAUAUGUCUACCACACAUGGUAGAAUAUCCCAUCUUUCUCUUUACAUUUUCAGCAUUUUCCAUUAAAGUUCUUAACCAUUUUCUGUAUAUCUUUCUGGGUAAUAUACCAGCAAAAAUAUAUCUUAUACCAGUUUUCUCUUAACAUUUGACUUGCAGUGAAUUUUAUAUCUUUCAUCCAUAAAACUUCCCAUUGAUGUGAUUGUAUUUCUUCUUCAAAGUUCUGCUACCAGCUCUUCAUAAAUAUUUUGACUCAUUGAGUUUCAGAAUCAUGUUUAAGCAGUAAUUUGUAAAUUCAUCAUAGGAGCUGAUCUUUUUGAUGUUUAAUUAUAGUUUCAAAAUCAGUAAGAUUCCUUAUUAUGCUUUUUCUGUUUUAGUUUCCUUUUUAAAUCAUGACACCAAUUGAUAAUAAUGGAUUUAUUCUAUAUUUUUUCAUCAUCCUCUUAAUUCUUGCCACAACUUGAUUUGUCCUUGUUGGUCAACCAUGUCUCUAUAUGUUAAAGAGUCAUUAUUUUUCCUCACAUGUUUCCAAAGUAUGCUUCUAUUGGAGACUUCAAAGGAGAUAUUCGAGGACUAAUUUUUCUUCUCAUAGGAUACCAUUUUUAAAUUAGACUAUUCCUGAGUACAAGACUACUAUUUAGAAUCAAUGCUUUUUAAAAAGAUUCUUUGCUCCAUAAUUAAGUUUUCCUUCAUCUCCAAUUUCACUAAUCUUUCAUUGAAUUAAAGAUCCAUUAUGCGAUCCAGACUAGACCAGCUGCAUAAUAAUAGAGUUUAAUGUUUGAUAUUGCAAGGCCUCCUACCUUUUUAAAAAAAACAACCUGUAUUUCCCUGUAUUGAAAUUGGUGACAUCGGAAUUUUAAAAAAAUUAACUGUGGCAGUAUAUUCAUUUUAUGGUAGAAAUUCUUCUUAGCCAUGAAGCUUUUAAUUUUAACUAUCUCUGUAAAUCCUUCUGGAACUGUAUUCAGGUUGUUUUAUAAUUAUCUUGAAAUAAUGCAUCAUUGUGUCCUGUCAGAUUUCUUGCCAAGUAGUUAACUGAAUUAGAGGUUAUUUCACAUCCUGAAUUUUUAAAAAUGUGUUCCUCUUGUUCUAUUUAAAAAUUUCAAUAUGAUUUUAGUCUUUUUCUUGUUUAUUUUAUAAUCACAAUAAAAUUCAAAUUUUUCAAUUUUGUCUAUUUGUUGUAUAAAUAAAUGUGGAUUUAAGAUGGUCAGCUCUACGGCAUCUGCAUAACUUUUCAUAUUGUAGUCUUCAUCUAUUUUUAGGCUGUUUAUGUCUGAGUCUUGUCUAAUUUUCCUGGCUAGAACUUCCAAUACAAGGAUAAGUAGAAGUAGAAUUAAUGGGCAUCCUUGAAGGGUGCCCUUUUCAUUUUGGAAACUAUGGAUUAGCAUCCCAUUUUCAAGAAUCCUAGCAUGUUGCUUAGUAUAAAUUGCCUGGAUCCAGUUCAUAAAUCUUGAACUACAAUCUAAAUACUUUAGACUGUAAAGUAUUAAACUAAUACUUUUAGUUUUCAAUUUAAAAAAGCCCAAGACAUAUUAUCAAAGGUUUUUUCCACAUCUUAUUUUUUCCAUUAAAUGCCGCUGCCUCCUCUUCCUCCUCCUCCUCAAUAUAUUCAGUAGCAUUAAUCACAAAGUGGACAUUAUCUUUCAUUAAUUGCUUUGGUCUCAUCUGGUCUGUAUGGAUUUGUUUUUCUAUACAUUUUCUUAAUCUUUCAGCCAUUAAUAAAGGGAAGAGUUUGUAGUCCACAUUUAAUAGUGAUACAGGUCUAUAAGACUGUGGCAGAGCAGGAUCAUUGCCUUCUUUAUGUAUCAAUGUUGUAUCUUGCCAUGAUGUGGAUAAUAAUUUCUCAUCUUUAAUUUCAUUCAUUACUUUUUGAAAUUGUAGUAUUAAUUUUUCCUCUAGGUACUGUUAAUACAUUGCAGAGAAACCAUCUGGUCCAGGUGCUGUAUCUUUUUAAAAUCUUUUUAUAGCUUGUGAGAUUUCUUCAAUGGUAAUUAUGCUAUUUAGUGUUUUUCUUUGAUCCAAUGUGAAUUUGUCAGUAUAAGCUUCUAUGUAUUGCUCCAUUCCAUCUACUGAAGUUAAGCUCUUUUUAUACAAAUUUGAAAAAAGUUUGAACUAAUCAUGUAUCUCUUUCUCCACCUGAGUGAUUCAGUUGCACUUUUAACCCAUUAUUGAUCUCCUCCAUUUCUUUUUUGAGCAGUAUGGCAGAUAUCACCCAAGUUUAUUCACUUGUUCUCAGGCAGAUGUUAGUCAAUUCGUCAAUUGGUUAAACAAGUCAUCCUUUUUUUUCCCCUGUCAAAUAAAUCCUUUCCAAGAUUUUCCCCUAUCCUGCAGAUGGCACCAGCUUUGCAAUUACCAGUUUAAAGAAAUUUUAAUAUGUCACUUAAGGAGCAAAGAAUCAAGAAAACACAAAAUUCUCAAUUUUCCAUUUUCUAGGAAAGGGAUCAUCCAGAAAUCACAAAUCCACCUUUAAAAUAUAUUCUACAGGAUAGCUCCUACCAGUUCUUAUAAAUGGUGGCUCCUUUGCCUUAUUCUCAGAAAAAUUUCAAUCCAGAGAAGAAGAAUGGCACCUAAUUAUUCUUUUUCCCCACCAGCCAGUUCCAGUCCACACAGACUGCUCAAAUGGACAAGCAUCAACACCUGAUCAGUCAUUCUUAGACUCUUGAUACAAUUAGCAGAUAACUUUAUGGCUUCAUUGCUGUAUAGUCCUAUUAGAAGUUUAAAAGCGGCUGUUCAUGCAUAAAUUCCAUUUGGAUAAGCAAAUGAUUGUUUUUCAAGGUCCGUGUUAUCAGAGGUUACAAGCUAUAGUCCCUUGGCUUAUGGGGAGAGAGAAAAGAGGAAAAACUUGGGAAGAAGAAGAAAGGUAUUUGGGAGGGGAUUUUAAAACAAUUCCUUUUUUACCUUAUCUUGUUCUCUUGAUGGUAUUGAACAGAUCAGGCAUUCCUGAUAAAACCUGAUUGGUCACGUGUUCAUCAUAAAGAUGAAGAGAAGGAGUAGCCUGUACUUGGCUGUGAACAAAAUGCCAAUCUGCUAGACAAAGUAGAGAACACUCAGAAGUUGCUCCCUUUCAAGUUGCCAUAUUCCCUCAUGCCGCCAGUAUGCUUUUGACAUGUGCCCUUUUCAGUCUGGAUCAUGUGGUCUCCACUGUUGUCUACUAGAUCAUUCUGCUUUAAUCUGCAUCCAGUCAUACACAGUUGUGUUCCAGUUUUCAUCUGUAACAUGUUGAAGGAUAUGCAGUAAUUCAUGAGAAUAUCUUGGAAGAACUCAAAGGUUAGUUACUGCCAUAUGAAUUUGAAAAUGUACCAGUUAAAAGAAAAAAUUGAGAAUUAUCUGAUGUCUUAGGAGGAAUAAAUGUACAUUUUCUCUGAGAUACAUACAAAGUACUUUAUGCACACAAGCUCAGUUCUGUUAAGCUCUUUUGAGUGUAUAUUUUAAUAUUAAUUUCUAAGUAGUCUCAUGUUGCUGGCUGCAUUUAGAUGUCUUGAUAAAUCACAUAAUGAUCUAGCCUUCUUCUAGGGCAAGGGUGGGCAAUUAAUUUUCCUAUGGGGCCACAUGAGAAACUUUGACAGUUGUUAAGGGCCGGACCAGUACACUUACAGCUCUGCUCAAUAUCUAUCUCUAUAAAAACAGUAAAUGAAACAUUACA